CUGCUGCUCCCGCGCUGUCUCCUCUUCCCUGCUGCCGUUCGGCCUCCCUGUCCGUGCCGCAACCGCCGGCUCAAGUUCCCCUCCGACACUCGCGUCUUACAUUCACACACCAACAAGCAUCCGCUUGCAGCUGGAUUACACUCGAGACGCUUCGCGACAGCAUCGUUCGCUAUUCUGGCUCUCGCCAGAAGGGCCGAAUGCGGCACUAAGACGACGGAUUUCAUUCGCCAUGGCCUUCCCUUCGAAGUGCCUCGCUGCGCUGCUGGCCGGCAGCGCGGCUGCCCAGCCCGUCACGGUCUUCGAGCACAUCUCGGACACGACGGUGGAGCCCUCUCUCCUGCAGUUCACGGACAAUGUGUCGCGCCGCGAGGAGGCCUCUCUCCUGCAGUCCGCGGACGGCAUGUCGACCUACGGGCAUUGGUCCUUCAUGGAGGGCAACUUCGGCCUCGUGGCGGACGACGCCCCGACGUGGUGCAAGAACGACACGCAGCUGACCUGGGCGCAGAGGAAGGAGCGCAUGCAGCAGCACAACACCCUGCUGUGGGCCAAGAAGAUGGUCAAGACGAUCCAGGAGACUGGAGGGGAGAACGCGACCGUGCCAGAGUGGAUGGACAAGAUCGUCUCCGACGACGAGAAGAAGGGCAAGGCCAGGUGGGCCGUGCAGGAGUCCAGGCGCCUGAAGUCGGAGGGGAAGGAGACGCCCCAGUGGAUGGAGGACCUCGUGGCGGAGGACAGCAAAUGGGCCAACCGCUGGGCCGCGUGCAAGGCCGCCCAGCUGAAGGCUGCUGGCGAGGAGGCGCCCGCCUGGAUGGUCGAGAACGGGAGGAAGGGCACGAUCGAGGCCGCAGCGGAGAAGGCCCAGGAGCUCCAGGAGCAGAUCGAGGAGCUGGACAGCGAGAAGGAGCAGGAGGUCGCGAUCGUGGACGCCCACGGUGACUACUCGCUGGCGAGCCAGAGGAUGACGGCCAUAAGCAGGGCGCUCCGCACGACGACGCUGAGCCAGCAGACCCAUGCGCUCGGAGAUGCCAUCGAGGGGCUGGAGCACUUCGAGGUGCAGAUUCAGAAAGAGGGCAAGACCCCCGAGGUCGUCCGCGAGGUCCGGCACACCCUGCGGAAGGCGACGCUGUCGGCGCACAUGAUCACCAAACUGCUGGACAUGAAGACGGAAAUGGCCAAGGCGCAGGUCUCGAAGUGAGCGGCUCCUGGCCGGGCCAGCACCGCGGCCGAUGCUGCAAACUAGGAAGGCCUCAUCUCUCUCUCUCUCUCUCUCUCUCUCCCCCUACUUUUUUUUUUUUGUUUCUCUCUCUCUCUCUCUCCCACAAGCGAUCUCCCAACCGCCGUCGGCCUGUCCGGCACCACCGAGGUUUGUGUCGACGUUGCCAUCCCCUCGGUUGCUUCCGCCUGGCGCCUUCCCGAUGUGGCUGCAUCCUCGGUCGCUUCCCGACGCCUCACCGCCUAUCCCCUGGCCUGCUCUUGGCGAU